AUGCAUCGUCUAAAUAGAAUUAUUUAUACUGCAGCAAUUGGAAUGAUUAUUUUUCUGGGAUCAGUCGAUGCCAGUUCGGUUACGUAUGGUCUUCGGUUGAGACGAGCAACACCAAAAGUGGACAUUUCACUCAAAACACCCGUCAUCAAUGCUCUUACAGAAAGAACAGCAAUCGAUGCUAGUUGGGAACAGUGUAUGAUUGUGGCACCUAUGACUAUACAAUUAUUAGGAGAAUUACUAAUUGUUUCAAGCGUGAAAGAUGUUUCUUUUCGUGCUUUUUCACCGGAUCGCCAGUUUAUAUAUAUUCGAAAUCCCAAUUCAUUUCGAGCUACUCUGUUACAAAUAUCAUUUGCGGGAUAUCAUGCUUUUCUUAGUGGUCAUUCGACCAUGAACACGAUUCAGUUGCGAAUGAUCCAAAUACCAAAACAUAUUAAAACGGCGCUUAAGCUUCUUGCUGCAAAUUAUCCGCGACGUAUGCUCAAUCGUUUACUUCCUCAAGUGUUAAAUAAUAUAGAAGAGACAGGAAAGGAAUGUGUGACAAUAACUAACGCUACAAGUAAUCAAUUCUCUCAAGUAAUGUUACUAGUUAAUGAAGUAAUCGAAACAACAACGGAAACGCAGUCAGAGCACGAAAGCAAAGUAGAAGAAAAUGAAAGAGAACUUGAAGUUUUACGUGAACAAAAAGCAAAUUUGGAAAAAGAAAAAGAAUUUCGUGCGAAGUUAUAUCAAGAGGCUACCGAUAUAGCAAACAAAGCUGAAUCAGCUUAUCAGCAAGCACUUAAUGAUAUACCAACAGGAUUGUCAGCGUUUCUACGAGACUUUGCUCGUGGUUUGCUUAAAAUAGCUGAUACAGUCGCGAGCGUUGCUGCUGCUACGCUUACUGGUUCGAUGAUGCAGGGAGGAACAACAUUCCCUCAACUCGCUAGCUCCACAUUCUCAAGUGGUAACAUUGGAGGCAAGAAACCAAUUUCUUUCAGUCUCAGUAACACACUCAACAUGGCAGAACAAUUCUCUAAAACAAUACGAUCGUUUCAAAUUGCUGUAUCAAAUAAAACUAAAGACCCAAAAGCAAUGACUGGUUUCAAUAUUGCUUUUCGGGCAUUUCGAGAAUUCGUCACGUCAUUACACGAUAAUCCAGCGAAAGCAAUAGCAAUGAGACUAACUGGGAAAGCUGAGAAACUUGCAGCAAAGGCUGCCGAAGCUGCCAAAAAGAUUAAGUCGAACAAUGAGACUGGCCAAGAAAUAAUAACAGAAAUAGAACAAAUUUGCGAUGAUCUUGAUUCAUUGCAAAGUGCUAAUCAACAGGCAAAUCCGGAGACUGCUUCAAGAACUAUAUCCACGGUUGGAUCUCAUGAUACUCCGAGUGCGGAUGAUUCAUCUCAAAAUGAAGUGCGAAAAGCUCAGAUAGCACAGACUCAUCUCACAGAAAUGCGACGUCGUCAAGAUGAACAAGCUGCUGAAUACCUUAAACUAUUAGAGGUUAUGCGUCAAAUGAGUGCCAAGAUGAUGACAAUCAAUUUAGCGACUAUUAAUUAUAACGAAAUCAUCGCUAUGCUCAGAAAAGCUUUGGAGUUACUUAGUAAAGUACAUCAACAAUGGGAUAACUUCGUGCGCUUCUUCAAUCAAAUGUCUGUAUUGAUCAAAGAUAUGAUCAAAGGUCCAUUGAAAAGAUUCCUUCAAGUGGCUGGUGCCGGCACUGAUGUAGAACAUGCCAUGCGUCUCCAAUUGAUAGAUACGCUCAAAGAAGAGACCUACGGUAUUCAUCGUGAAUCUUAUAUUCUUUUUGUUAUGUCACGCACUUACUACGAAGUAUCAAGCAAAUAUUUAAUGGGUCGACUCGCGGGCCUUUCAAGUAUGCUUACCGCCCGAAAUGAAUCAGAACGAAGAGAAUUAAUGGAAACUUUGAAAAAUCAGACGGAUGUCGCUCUUGAAGAAAUCGAAGCUCUCAUUAUCGAACGAAAAGCAGCCUUUGAUACAGAACUAAAUAAACGAAAUACUGAACUGACUGCAUUAAUUGAUGAGCUAGGUGGUCCUAGUGAAAAAACUCAGCUUGCAAUCGAAGAAGGUAAACGUUUGAUCGACAGUGGUGCAGCUUGGGAUGACGAUUCAUGA